GUCGAAGAAACCCUUUGUGCAUUUCAUUUUAGCAUACUGAGCUCGUAAAUCGUAUCGAUAAGGAGGGAUGUCAAACGUUACAGUAUGCGCGCGAUUUAGGCCACUAAGCUCAAAAGAGAUGCGAGAUGACAGAGAUGGUGGUGUCUGUGUUCGAGGCAUCGACGCUGAAAGCUUCGUUUUCCAAGAUGACAAGGAAGAUGAGUUUACAUUCAGCCUGGAUAGAGUUUUUUAUGAGGACUCUGCCCAGGCUGCCGUUUAUGAGUUUCUGGCUCUGCCAAUCAUGAGAGACGCUGUGAAUGCUAUAAACGGAACAAUCAUCACUUAUGGACAGGCUUGGGCUGGGAAGACUUAUUCCAUGGAGGGACCAGGCAUUCAGGACUGUGAUGAGCACAAGAAAGGGUUACUUCCAAGAGUGGUUGAUGGGAUGUUUGAGCAAAUCAGGUCUUCCAAAGAUAUUGCCAGAUACACUGUUAAAUUGUCUAUGGUCGAGAUCUACAUGGAGAAAGUCAGGGACCUGUUGGAUUUAUCAAAAGGAAACAUACAAAUCAAGGAGAACAAAACACAAGGAAUACUGUUGUCAGGCGUUACAGAGGUGCCUGUAUCAGAUUCGACCGAGGCAUUGCAACAUCUAUGUACUGGUUUAGCUAACCGUGCAGUUGGGGAAACCCAAAUGAAUAUGUCCAGCAGUAGAAGCCACUGCGCUUACUUGUUCACUAUCCAUCAGGAAUCAGUUAAAGAUAAGAGGGCAAAAACAGGAAAACUGAUUCUUGUCGACCUGGCUGGCUCAGAGAAAGCAGACAAAACUGGAGCAGAAGGUAGGGUUCUUGAAGAGGCGAAGACGAUCAAUAAAUCGCUCUCGGCCUUGGGAAACGUGAUAAACGCUCUUACAAGUGGCUCACCUAACAAAGCCAAUCACAUACCAUAUCGCGACUCCAAGCUUACUCGCAUCCUACAGGAUGCCCUGGGUGGGAAUUCUCGAAUGGCACUGGUGUGUUGUUGCUCACCAAGCACUUCGAAUGCAUCUGAGACGCUCUCAACCCUCAGGUUUGGAAUGAGGGCAAAGCACAUAAAAGCAUCACCACGUGCCAGUGAAGUAAAAUCUACCAAGACACAGGAGGAACCCUCCUCCGAAACAAAAGAUGAGAAGCGUGGGAGGAUCCUAGAGAAGAUGAAAGAGAGAAUGAGCAAGGAAGACAUCAAAAUGCUAGAAGAAGUUUUCAUACAGGAAGGGAUCAUUUUCAGCCCAGAUUCCAUGGAAGAAGUGGACGCAGCAUACGAAGAUACUGUAUCAAAAACUAUAAUAUCCUUACAGCAGACCGUUGAAGAACUCCAACUGAAAGUCAAAGAGUUAGAAGCAGAAAACAAGGGUAUCAAGGAACAAGCGUUCGGAAAUCUCGAAUAUGAUCGGCUUGGAAAGAUGUCAAGAUUCAUCAGCUCUUGGUAUGCAUCUCUCUUUACAUCCGCCUAAAGAUGAUAUACUGAAUAUACAAUCGUAGUAAUGUAGAAGAUCUGGGCAUGGUAAAAGACUAAAGACGUAAAUAAGUUGCCCAUUUGAGGUUGUGAGUGCAAAACAGAUAUUAACAUUCAAAGUUAUGCAAUAGAUAAAGAAUGGAUGGGAGGGUUAUAAGAAUUACAAUCUCAGAUAGAAUAAUUAGUAACGAGAGGUGUCAGGGAGAGGAGUGUCAUUGAGGAAGUGAAUGAAGAGCGAAAGAGAGCGUUUGGGCUGGAAACUGGGAACUUGAUGGCCAGCACCUCUCACGGUGGCAAAUGUCAACUUCCCUUUGUAUUCCUCUGUGUAUCCUCCCACCUCUCCCCCUAGGUACCACGGAUGCCAAGCCGUUAUGGCCGUUAGAUUCAUCUUCUUAAGCGAGUAUUUGGUGGACGUGACCGGAAUUCUCCCGUCCGUAUCCCCGCUGAAGACCCAGACACGGACGCCCUGACCAAUCAGCUCCUUGAUGAGAGGAAUCACUGUGGUGGGACUGUCGUUCCACUUCUUUAUCACACUGCUGCACGGUUCCCACUCGUAAGGCAGCUUCGUAGCGUUUGCGUGCAAGGCCGCCUGGACCUCCGGCCUGUUCAGGUAGGCCUGCACGUAAUGGUCACUGCACGGAUCGAAUUCCCUUAUUGUGGUUCCUCUCUUGGGCCUGCGAGUGAGCGUGGAGUUGAGGCACAAGGGAGCGUAUAUGUUGUAGAUGUCCAGGUAAUACGUGUUCAUGUCGAUUUGGUCCGACACCACCGCGCACUCCUCUGUCAUCACACUCGCAGACUCCGUCUUGAGAUCACAGUUAUUCUUGAGUUUAACCAAAGAAUCCUCGGAGAUGAGCGCGUGACUCUCGAAAAAGUCGUACAUGCCCAUCAAGUCUGUCUCGUCGUUGAUCACCGCAUUUCCCAUCAGAAUCCCCUUGAGAUUGAGGAAGCUCGUCGGGUGGUGGCGAAGGAUAGUAUGUGCAAGCUGGGGAACAUAGUGGCCGGCAUAGCUCUCACCGGCGAUGUACAGGUCCCUGCCUUUGAACUCUGGGAACCUCUCCAGCCACUGGACCAAAAAGAUGUAGUUAUCGGCCGCCGUGUUCCUGUCCCCGUGCUUAUCGAGAUCCGACGUUGUGUUGGUGUACGAGAACCCCACUCCCGCCGGCGAUUCUAAGAAGAGCACGUUCGCAGCAUUGUUACAUACAUAACAUUUUAUAAACCCAGUACUAUAGUAAAUGAUUGUAAACCGAGAUAAAUUUGGGUGUGAAGAUGAUAGAAUGGGAAGUUAGAAACGUACCACCGUUGAGCCAGAGAAGGAGGGGAGAAGAAUCCUUAGAGUUAGAGGAAGCUUCGACGAAAUAGUAGAAAAAGGAACGCCCCGCGGAUUGGUCGACGGUGACAUAGCCGCCGUACUGAUCGAAAUCAACGGGAGGCUGCCCGGGCAAUCUCCGUAUCAGAUCACUCUUCCGUAACUCCUGCUGCUCGACGACACUCCCGAGCGAAGACGGUUUCAAAUCCUUAACCGCCUUGAAAUGGGUUGUGUCCAUGGAAGACACCCCACGCUUCGACAUGUAGAGGCGGCUCAGGGCGUGCACUUGGCUGCUGCAUUCGAUCUGGGGCGAAAGAUACACUAGCAGCAACACAGAUGCGACUACAGAACAAGCGUGUCCGUUCCCCAUUCUCCUAUCUCUGAAUUCUAAUGAGGAGGAAAAUGUUUUGAAGAAGAAGAGUUACAGGAGACGGUUAGUUAAAUGAAACGAGUGUGUGUGCGUUUUGGAUCUUAAAACAAACUUUGUUAUUUCGGUCAAACCUUCCAACUAUACGAAUGAUUGUUCUUUUUCAAAUACUGUUUUUUCCUUUUCUUUUGAGAAGCUCAUUUCCUGUAACUAACUCUGCUUAAUGUCAUAAAAGGUUCCAG